AUGGACCUGCGAAUACACAGGGGGCUGUGGGUGAUCCCCCCUGAGAAGGAAGGGAACAGUAUUGCAGAAGCUGCGAAGAAGCCUGUCUGGGUCAUGAUGAAGGAGCUUCGGCCGGCCAGCGUGAGCACCCUGGGGGUCCAUUCCCUAGGGCUGGCUGACUCCUUCCACCAGAUACCCAUCAACACCCUGAAGGGAGUCACCACUGAGACAGCAGCCCCUCCCCUGGGCGGAAUCCCCCUUCCCCAGAGGACCACACUGAGGACCCUACUGGCUGAGGAGGCCUCUUUCCCGGGCUGGGCCCCCACCCCCGCCCCGCAUCCCCGGGCUGCCGUGCCCCGUCUGGUGGCCGGGCGCCCGCGCCGCCCGAGAAGUUCCCGCGACUCCCGGCCCGGGACGCGCCGCCGCUCCCAACUCUGCUCGGCAGCCGAUGACGUCACCGCGCUUUGCGUCCCUGAUUGGCUGCUUGUGGCUUGCGGCGCCGGGGACGCAGGCCCCGCGGGCUCUGUGCAGUACUCGUGCGGCGGGUCCCAGGGCCGCCGGCCGGGAAGAGAGGCGGUGACUCGGGCCCUGGGGUUUGUGCCGGGGCGGGCAGGGAGCAGGGUCCGGGAGACCCAGCCGGCAGGGGGCGGGGCAGGAGGAACACCGCGAGCUGCGCACCCCAUACAGCAGGUGGCGGCCUCCAGCCCAGCGCGGCCCCGUCUGCACUGGGAGGGGCCUCAGCUGGAAAGCUACUGGCAGGAGCAGGAUUUGGAGCUGGGAACUCUGGCUCCACUCGGCGAGGCAAUCAGCUCCACAGUCUGGAGCAGCCCUGACAUGCUGGCCGGUCAAGAUAGCCAGCCCUGGACGUCUGAUGAGACAGUGGUGGCUGGUGGCACCGUCGUGCUCAAGUGCCAAGUGAAGGAUCAUGAGGACUCAUCCCUGCAGUGGUCUAACCCGGCCCAGCAGACUCUCUACUUUGGGGAGAAGAGAGCCCUCCGUGACAAUCGGAUCCAGCUGGUCAGAUCUACUCCGCACGAGCUCAGCAUCAGCAUCAGCAACGUGGCGCUGGCGGACGAGGGCGAGUACACCUGUUCCAUCUUCACCAUGCCCGUGAGGACCGCCAAGUCCCUCGUCACCGUGCUCGGAAUCCCACAGAAGCCCAUAAUCUCUGGCUAUAAGUCAUCAUUACGGGAAAAAGAAACAACCACCCUAAACUGUCAGUCUUCUGGAAGCAAGCCUGCAGCCCAGCUGACCUGGAGGAAAGGUGACCAAGAGCUCCACGGGGAACCAACCCGCGUCCAGGAGGAUCCCAACGGAAAAACCUUCACCGUGAGCAGCUCAGUGACCUUCCAGGUUUCCCGGGACGAUGACGGGGCAGACAUCGUAUGCUCUGUGAACCACGAAUCUCUAAAGGGGGCUGACAGAUCCGCCUCUCAGCGCAUCGAGGUUCUAUACACACCAACGGCGAAGAUUAGGCCAGACCCUCCGCAUCCCCGUGAGGGCCAGAAGCUGUUGCUUCACUGUGAGGGUCGCGGAAAUCCCGUCCCCCAGCAGUACCUGUGGGAGAAGGAAGGCAGUGUGCCCCCGCUAAAGAUGACCCAGGAGAGUGCCCUGAUCUUCCCCUUCCUCAACAAGAGCGACAGCGGUACCUACGGCUGCACGGCCACCAGCAACAUGGGCAGCUACAAGGCCUACUACACACUCAACGUGAACGACCCCAGCCCAGUGCCCUCGUCGUCCAGCACCUACCACGCCAUCAUUGGUGGGAUCGUGGCUUUCAUCGUCUUCCUGCUUCUCAUCCUGCUUAUCUUCCUGGGCCACUACUUGAUCCGGCACAAAGGAACCUACCUGACACACGAGGCCAAAGGCUCGGAUGACGCCCCAGAUGCAGACACAGCCAUCAUCCACGCAGAAGGCGGGCAGUCGGGCGGGGAUGACAAGAAGGAGUAUUUCAUCUAG